AUCCCUCUCCAGGUUCAGGGAGGACGGUGCAUGAGGGCUUUCCCUUCUCCUCUCGGAGCCCUGGCUCUGCAGGAUGGGCCUGAGCUCCUCCAAGGCGCAGCCCAAGGUGACCAGGGUGGCCCCAGGGCCAGCUCUGGGUGCCCUGCCCGGGGAGCCAGGACAGCCCAGCCCACAAAGCCCGGGUGGGACACCCUGGGGAAAGCCCAUCUUCCACCUGGAGCUUCCACCCCUGCGGGAGACCUGGUACGGGAGAGCCUCUGCAGGGCCCCUCUCUUUGAACACCUUGCCAGGAAAGGAUGGAGCCAGCAUCAUCAAGCAGCACCCACCUCGGAGGCCUCAAAGGCUUGAACCUGCCAUCCCUCCACAAGCCAUCGCUCCUGCCAAGCCCUGGAGUCAGCGAGCAGUGGCUGCAGGCCCAAAACCAAAGGUGCUGGAGAAGAGGGGGCAAAGCCUGAAUCCCCUCCCUGGCAGGAGGCAGCACUUGCACAAACUUCAGAUGCUGGACUUGAGCCGCAAGCGACGAGAGGCGGAGCUGAAGCGGAAUCUCCACAGGGAGGCGAAAAUCAAUAAGCAAAAAAUCAAGGAAUUCAGCCCCCAGGAUGUCCUUGACAGUCCCCAGAGAGCUGACAGCACCAGAAGCCCAGACCCUGUCCCUGCUGAGCACAGUCAGCAUUUUCAUCAAGAUGACCCUGGAAACUCGUGGGGUGGGGAGCUCUCCAGGCAGCCUGAGAGGGCUGAGCUCUCUCCAGACAGGAGGGGGAAGGCUGAGCUGGGGUUCUGCAGGGAGCCAGGGGCGAGGGAUCUGUUCUGGGACUCCUCCAGCACAGGCUCCGAGGAGUGCGAGAGGGAAGAGAAGAUUCACCGCAAACCCACGCUCGUGAGGACCAGGACAGAGAGAGUUUCCCUCUUUGAUGACUUCUUUGACAGGGAUUUCUAGUGGCAUGGCUUGGGAUGUGCCAAAGAAACGAGGCCCAGCUCUGGAGGGGCUGGAACCCCCCCAGAGGGAUGGGCUGAGGUUGGAGACAGCGCUGUGGAAUUCCUGUGAGCACGGGCCAGUGGAAAGGACAUCUGGAAACGAGGAGCUCACUGAUGUGGGGUGAAUAAAAACCCUCUGGGCUGUGUGGCUGAAUCAAAGCAUCAGGGGGAAGAAGCCUUGGAUGGAGCAACAGUGAAAUGGGGGUAGAGAGGAGGAGGGGGCUGGCAAAAACAAAAUAAAACCAAGCAGAAGCUGGGGAAGUUCUGGGUUAACCCCAAAUAUUAAAUUUCAGCUGAAAUGAAACGUUUCACUUGCCUUUGAGUUACUCAAUCUUCCUGUUUAAAUUGGGGUUAACCUUUUUUAAACCACAAACCCGAGUUCAAAAUGCAAGGGUAAAAAAAGAUUCGUUUAGAGUGUCUUGAAAUUAAAUUUUUUUGGCAUUUCUAAAAUUCCUCUUUGACUUCUGUGGCUUUUUUUAUUUUUUAAUUUCCUCUCCCCCCACCCUGCCCUGGACACAGAAAUAUAUGUACUUUCUUCAGAACUAAUCUACAGAUUUAUAUCUAAUCUGAAAAAUCUGCCUUUGGUUCAGUUUUUUUUCCCCAGUUCAGGAUUCAGUGCUGGAGAGUGGAUGAUGGAAAGGGAGAAAUCUCCAUCUUUUCCUGCAGACACUCUCCCAGGGAUGCUGCUCAAGGCUGCAGCACUCACCAGGAAUUUGAACAAGCUGCCCUGUUGCAAUCUGACAUUUCCAACUGUAUUGAGAAAGAUGGUUAUAUGAGGGUGUCUGAUCUAUCAAAAACAAUCUUUCAGUUUCCUUCUCACAUCAACUGUAUUUUUAUCAAAUUAUCUCAUUUUCCUUACAAAAUAAUUUGUUACCUGAGAGAGAACUUCACCCAAUUCUCCUGUCUCCUCUCUGGUUGUCCCUGGAGCUCCAUAAAGGCCACCAAGUUUGUGGAUUCAAAGCACUUCUAUAAAAGGAGAUUCCAGUUAAAUAUCACACAGAUAUUUUAACGUGGUGAACUGGAUUUGUUGGGGUCUGGUUAAACACAAGGGAGCAGCCAGGUGUGAUUUCCAGCAGCAGUUUUGCCUCUGUUUGAAGCUGCAGAGCUGACAAAGAAGAGCUGACAAACUCUUUGUUAUAGAUACAUAUAUUGU